CUAUGAUAAGAAGAUCAAGCGCCCUUUAAUCCACUCGACCGGCUCCAGAUGCCCACAACACGAUCAGGCAAUCACUUUUUGACCGCUUCUUGCCGCCAUGUGCACGAAGCAAACGGGUUGUGUAGCCGUGCCUAGACGCCGCGCCCUUGUCCGUCUUGGUACUUGAGAAAAUCCCUACGUUACAGUGCGAAUCCAGUUUGUUUGCGGCAUUGAAACACAGUAAUCUUGAUGCUCAAAUUCCUGUCUGACAAUACGGCUCAUGCAGUAGAAUUCUUCUCCUUCAAAAAUUUGCCCCCUGCAACGGGUCGCAAGGUCGAGAAGCACGGAUUGCCGCGCCGUCGCUAUAUCGCUCGGCCGGUUUGCGUGCCCAGAGCCAACGCUCGUCACCAGACUUCUCGGCUGUACAGUUUGAGAAAGCACCUGAAAACUAUGUCUCUGCUUUCAUGGCCCUCAAACUUUCAUCUACCUUUUGUCGUCCGCCACUCAUCCGCAAUUUUCUUCAAGGAAUUUUUGAUGUCUGCUAUACCUACCCGCCCUCGGUUUUCUCAUGAUGCUACUUGUAGCAACCAAGCAGCAGACUGUGGCCCUUGAUCAAUGCCCUUUUGGAUAUUCAUUCUACACGUGUAAUAACUCUCGAGUAGUCUGGACGGGUUGCUGCUUGUUGGAUCCAUGCAACACAGGAUGUCCGGCAGACUCACAGGCAACGGCAAGGAAUAGAGCUGCUACUCAAUCAUUCCCUACUGCCUCGAUUUCAGCAAAUAUGAAACCACGGGCGGUGGAAUCAACGCCCGGUCUGGCUACUGACUCUACAAUUUCUGCGGCAAACACCGUAACACGCCCGCCCAGCGCUGCCAAGACAACAUCGAUCUGGUCCUCAUCAACUGCGCUUGGCGGGGAUACAAGCCCCGAUAAUGUCUCGAAAGAUCCAUCAACUCAGACGCUCAUAAAUUUGAUCGUCGAUGAUGGCAACGAAUCGUCAUCCAGCGGCAGCGAUGUUCCUGCCAUAGUUGGAGCUACCGUUGGUGCCCUUGUACUUGCUGCUCUCAUAUCGACAGUUUUUUUCUGCUAUAGAAGAAGGAAAUUCAGAACACGCCGUCAACGUCGCUCUGAAGCGACUGCGUACAAGUCUGAGAAACGAAAUUUUGACAUCAGAGGUGCAGCUUUAGGCCUAGCAAAGCCAGAUAUGGCCAGAACUAGCCGAGAAUUCAACCGAAAAGCGCCAUUGAACGCGUGCAACAACAGCAGCACUUACCCAAGUGUAGAUCUUCCCUUGUCUCUCUACACUCUCAACCCUGCUUUGAAGAGUAAACCUACUUCCGAAGUAGCCGAAAUUCCUGUGGUAACAUCAAACAUCUCGACAGCGGACUCGUCGCCUAGGCCUCUCGAGUGCUAUGAUCCCCAAGGCCAGAGCAAAGCUAAGCAAAGUUCCACCUGGGACCCUAAUGCACUACACCAUUCUGACGCAUCCAACUUUGACGUCGAUCCGUCGUCGAGUUCACGAUUGCCCCAUGCUUUUGCAUACGACAGACAUUCAGGCCAUGAUCUUUCGGGCCUCGCUAGCGGCAAAACUCCAACAAUUGAGAGUUCGAGUGUAUUACCUGCGCUUGUCUCAGAGCGCGCUGCGGACACGAAACAACACACAGGGUCUAGACAGGAGCACCGGACCAGCCGCGCAACAGGUGCUACCUUUACUCCAGCUCCUGGAGCAACGACUGUUCCAUCAAUCAAAGUUAUUGCCACAAAGGCUAACUUGGUCUAAAAUCUUGUAGUCGGACAAUUCACACCUAGGCUUAGGCGCAAAAGUGACUCGGGUAGGCUUAUUUUUCAGCACUUGGCAUUUAUGAAGCGUGUUGCAUUGCGAUAGGCGUUCAAGGGGUAUAGGGCCAUCUUUACGAAUGAUGCCUGUCAAUAGUGAUAUCUCGGAUUUGAUUCAGCUGCCACAAAAUAUAAAGCAAGGCAAGCCGGCUCAGCUCGCAUCCAGUAUCUAUAAUUUGAUAAUAAUCUACGACGUCGGUGCCCCUGCUCGGUAAUUCGUAGACGGAGCCACCAUAUUUCAUCAUCUGUAAUCCAAGCUUUUGCAUUCUUG